AUGGCUGACACUGGAGACAGCGACGAAGAGUUCCAGUUUCUACGAACGGGAGAUGAGGUGGUUUUGCAGAGUACCUUCACGUCCCAGGAGGAACAUGUGAAACUCUGUCUUGCAGCAGAGGGAUUUGGCAGCCGACUUUGCAGGCUUGAGCCCACCUCUAAUUGCAAGAAUGUUCCACCCGACCUGUCUGUGUGUGGCUUCAUUCUGGCCCAGUGCCUCUCUGUGCGAGCCCUGCAGGAGAUGCUGGCACACAGUGUGCAUCUGGCUGCAGAGGGGGGAGCUGGAGGAAGCCAUCGCACUCUUCUGUAUGGCCAGGCAGUGUUGUUCCUACACUCGUAUAGUGGCAUGUAUCUCAGCUGCUUGUCUUCAUCUCACACUUCAACGGACAAGCUGGCGUUUGAUGUUGGCCUGCAAGAGGAUAGAGCGGGUGAAGCAUGUUGGUGGACAGUCCACCCAGCAUCCAGGCAGAGGUCAGAGGGUGAGAAAGUGCGAGUUGGAGAUGACCUCAUCCUGGUCAAUGUGUCUUCAGAGAGAUAUCUGCACCUGUCCUUUGGCACUGCAUUUGACAACAAAAGCUUGAGUGACAGCCUGAUUGUUAAUACAGCCUUCCAGCAAACUCUCUGGAGUGUCGCUCCGAUUUGCUCUGGAGGUGGAGUUGCUCAAGGUUACCUGAAGGGGGAUGACACAUUGCGGCUUCUCCACAGCCAUAGUGACGCAUGUUUGACUGUUCCCUCCACUGAGCAGGGAGAGGAACUGCAAAGGAUAAUGCAUUAUGAGAUUGGCUCAGUCUCCAGCCAUGCCCGCUCUCUCUGGAGGCUGGAGAUUCUGCGUGUUGUUUGGAGUGGCAGGCACACGUGCUGGGGGCAGCCUUUCCGGCUCCGUCAUGUGACCACUGGGAGAUACCUGGGGCUAACAGAGGAGAAGGGCCUGCAUCUGGUUGAUCGAGACAAGGCAGACAUCAACACGACCUCUUUCUGCUUUCGAUCAUCAAAGGAGAAGCUUGACGCUGGCACAAAGACUAAUGUCGACGGCAUGGGGAUCCCAGAGAUUAAGUAUGGAGACUCCAUUUGUUAUGUUCAGCAUGUCGCCUCCGGACUCUGGCUCACCUACCAAACUGUGGAUGCCCAAUCGACACGCAUGGGAGGGGCUCAGAGAAAAGCCAUUCUGCACAGCGAGGGUCAUAUGGACGAUGGGCUGACGCUGUCUCGUUCUCAAAGGGAAGAAUCUCACACUGCCAGACUCAUCCGCAGUGCUACUCUCCUCUUCACUCGCUUUAUCAGCCAACAAGAAAACCUAGAACCUGUCAGCCUGCCAAUGGAGAUAGUGACAUGUAGUCUGCAAGAUCUAAUCAACUAUUUCCAGCCUCCAUCGGAGGGGCAGAGCCAUGAAUCUAAGCAAAACAACAUGAGCGCACUGAAGAGUCGGCAGAACAUGUUUCAAGAAGAGGGUGUGAUAGAUUUGGUUCUGGAUUGUAUUGAUCGUCUACACCAAUACAGUGGCGGUUCUCAUUUUGCUGAGGUUGCACAGAGUGACAAAGGAGAAGAGUGGGAGACCAUCCUCAACCGUUUCUACGAGCUGCUGGCUGCUCUGAUCCGGGGAAACCGUGUGAACUGUGCACAUUUCUCCACUUCCCUUGACUGGCUGAUCAGCAGGCUGGAUCGCCUGGAGGCCUCUUGUGGGGUCUUGGAGGUCCUACACUGUGUCUUAGUGGAAAGUCCUGAAGCACUCAACGUCAUCAAAGAAGGACACAUUCAUUCUAUCAUCUCUUUCCUGGACCAGCAUGGAUGCAGCCACAAGGUGCUGGAGGUGCUGUGCUCACUGUGUGUGUGUCACGGUGUAGCUGUGCGGUCCAAUCAAAACCUCAUCUGUGACAACCUGCUGCCAGACCGAGACCUGCUGCUGCAAACACGUCUGGCUAAUCAGGUCACCAGCAUGAGGCCAAACAUCUUUUUGGCUUUGGGGGACGAUUCAGCACAGCAUCGGAGGUGGUACUAUGAGCUGGUUGUGGAUCACGUGGACCCCUUCCUCACAUCUGAGCCCACACACCUGCGCGUUGGCUGGGCUCGCACUGAGGGCUACCAGCCCCGGCCCACAGGAGGGGAAGGCUGGGGAGGCAACGGUGUGGGAGACGACCUCUGCUCCUACGGCUUUGAUGGGCUUCACCUCUGGUCAGGCUGUGUGGGUCGCAGGGUGAGCUCUGCCCUCCCUCACCUGCUGAGAGAGGAGGACGUGGUCAGCUGCUGCCUGGACCUCAGCGCUCCCUGCAUCUCUUUCCGGGUCAACGGGCUGCCUGUGCAGGGCAUGUUGGAGAACUUCAGUGCAGACGGACUUCUCUAUCCCGUGGUCAGCUUCUCUGCUGGAGUCAAGGUCCGUUUUCUGUUUGGGGGGCGGCAUGGAGAGUUUCGCUUCCUGCCCCCACCGGGUUUUGCUCCAUGCUCGGAGGCUCUGCUCCCGAGAGUCAAGCUGACAUUAGAGCCCUGUCAGAAAUACAUCCUGGAUCAUGGAGAGGGGAAACGAGAGCUCAUUGGACCCUCAGUCCCUUCCACUCCAGUGACCUUUACUCCCGCACCAGUAGACAUCAGCAAGGUGGUAAUGCCCCCACAACUAGAGGAUAUCCGAGAAAAACUGGCUGAGAAUAUCCAUGAACUCUGGACAAUGGACAAGAUUGAUCUUGGAUGGACAUAUGGACCUGUGAAAGAUGAAGUCAAGAAGCACGAUCCGUGUCUGGUGGAUUUCUGCAAGCUGUCUGAGACGGAAAGGAACCAGAUCCUUCAGAUGGCCCUGGACUCACUCAGGACCCUCCUGGCCCUUGGCUUUCACAUUGGUUUGACUGACGACCACGCCGAGGAGAAAGUCAAAUACAUAAGACUAGCCAACAAGUACGAGCAGCCCAGCGGUUACAGACCCUCUCCAGUAGACCUGAGCCAGGUGCUUCUGAGCCCGGCCCACAAGGAAGUGGUCGACCUGCUGGCAGAGAAUGAUCACAACGCGUGGGCCAGAGAGCGUAUCAAGCAGGGAUGGACCUAUUCACCCCAACAGGAUGUGAAAGCCAAGCGGAGCCCAUACUUGGUGCCCUACAGCCUGCUUGAUGAAAGGAGCAGGAGAGUGGGCUGGGAGAGUGUCAGAGAGAGUGUGUGCACCCUGCUGGCCUACGGUUACAGUUUGGAGCCUCUCAACCAGGAAAAGACCACGAUAUCAAAUCCAUGUCCGUUUCCCACUGAGAAAAGCAGAGUGUUCAGACCAGAUAAAUCCUUCUCUGUGACUCAGGGCAAGUGGUACUUUGAAUUUGAAAUAGUGACUGCUGGGAAUAUGAAAGUGGGCUGGGCCCGACCGGACUGCGCUCCAGAUAAAGAGCUCGGCUCAGAUGACCAGGCGUACGUCUUCGAUGGAUUUGAGGCUCAGUGGUACCAUCAGGGUGUGGAGCCCCUGGGACGGCCCUGGCAGAGAGGCGAUGUGGUGGGUUGCCUGGUGGACAUGGCUGAACGCACCAUGAUGGUCACCCUGAAUGGAGAGGUGCUGUUCAACGACAGAGGGUCGGAGCUUGCUGCCAAGGACUUUGAUAUCGGAGACGGCCUGUUGCCUGUGAUCAGUGUUGGCGUGAACCAGGUGGGGAGGCUGAACCUGGGUCGCUACGCUGACUCUCUGCAGUACUUUAAUGUGUGCGGCCUGCAGGAGGGCUAUGAACCGUUUGCUGUCAACAUGGCCAGAGCCACAGUCCUUUGGAUGAGUUGGAAACAGCCUCAGUUUACUUCCAUAAAGCCUGAUGAUCACAACCUACUGGUCACCAGAGUCAGUGGCUCAAAGGAUUCCUUAUCAAGCCUGAGGGUUUCCCAGCGGUUGUUUGCACACCACGGUGGAAGCAGUGAGAUUGGCUUUUACCGGCUCAGCAUGUCCAUCCAAUGCGCUGCCGUCCUCACAAGCCCAGCAGGGGGGGUGCCUCCAGCCGCCUCCAACUCUCUCUCCCCAGGAAGGAAAGAGCAGGAGGAGAUGGACUCCGACUUUGAAGUGUUGAUGAAGUCAGCCCACAGCUUUGCUGGCUCCAGAGAUGAGCUCAACCAUAAGGAUCAUAGUCACGACAAAACAUCCAGACUGAAACAGCGGUUCAUGCUGAAGAGGACCAAACCAGACCUGAUCAGCAGCAACUCGUCUGCACGGCUUCUAGAAGAUGUGGUAGUUGACAAAGAUGAUCACGUUAUCCAGAGCUCCAGAUAUUACUACUCAGUGAGGGUUCUUCCGGGCCAGGAGGCGUUCAAUGUGUGGGCAGGCUGGGUGACCUCUGACUUUCAUCAACACGACUUGACUUUUGACACCGACAAUGCCCUCACUGUAACUGUCACUCUCGGAGAUGACAGCGGCAAAGUCCAGGAAAGUGUGAAGAGGUGUAACUGUUACAUGGUGUGUGCUGGAGAGGCGACGGGCCUGUCCCAGAGCCGGAGAAGUACGGGGUUGGAAAUAGGAUGUUUAGUCGACACGGCCACCGGGCUGCUCACCUUUACCUCCAGCGGAGUGGAGAUGGCCACCUUCUACCAAGUGGAAGCCAGGACAAAGCUGUUUCCUGCUGUUUUUGUCAAGCCCACCACCAGCAACAUGUUUCAGUUUGAACUGGGGAGCACCAAGAAUGUGAUGCCACUGUCGGCAGGUUUGCUUCGCAGCCAAAGAAGGAAUGCCGCGCCUCAGUGUCCUCCGAGGGUUCAGGUGCAGCAUCUCAACCCGGUGUCGUGGACCAGAGUGCCGGACGGGGCUUUACAGGUGACAGUGGAUCGGCCAGAUGAGCGCCACGGCUGGAGGGUCCAAUGCCAUGAGCCCCUGCAAGUCAUGACUCUUCACAUCCCCGACGAAAACAGGUCUGUUGACAUCUUGGAGCUGUCAGAACUGGAGGACCUCUUGACCUUUCACCACCACACUCUCCUCCUAUACGGCUCUUUAUGCACCCUUGGAAACACUCGAGUUUGCCACGCCCUCUGCAGUCAUGUUGACCAAUCCCAGCUCCUUCAUGCCAUUCAGGAUCCCAACCUCCCCGGUCGACUCCGCUCUGCGUUCUACCAGCUGCUCAUGCAGGUUCACCUCAGCAGCCACACCUCAGCAUGUCACAUGAUGAGCCAUGAGUACAUUGUGCCUAUGACUGACCAGACCAGAGAAAUCACCCUUUAUCCCAGCCCUGCUUAUGGUGUUGAUGCGGGGGAUAGUCCACCUCCAGAAGGCAUUUUCAGCACUAGUCUCAGCACAUCCCUUAAACCACGGAUGUAUUUCUCCUCUCCCUGUUUUGUCAGGAGUGGUGGACUGGAAGCGGACGGUACAGGUGAGAUAGCCUGCGCAGACAGCCCAGAAAUCCCUCUGGACACACUGAAGGACCUGACUGUGGAGAUGCUGACUGCUGGAGUGUGGGCUGUGGGUCAGAAUGUGAGGCAUCCUAUAGGAGGCAGCUUUGAGCUCCUGCUUGUUCCCCUCAUCAGACUGUUCUACAACUUAAUGGUUUUGGGGGUAUUUGGGGAUGAGGAUCUGGGGAAAGUUCUGAGACUAAUAGAGCCUGGAGUGUUCUCCGUAAAUGUCGAAAAUAUUGUGAAGGAAGAGGAAGAAGACACGGGUGAGGAUGAACUAUGCACAGGGGGCAACAUAAAAGAAGAUGACACUCCUCGUCAAGGACUUCUUCAAAUGAUGCUUCCAGAAGCUGUCAAACUGGAGCUCUGCCACCUGCUCUCCUACCUGUGUGAUUGCCAGGUGCGCCACAGGGUGGAAGCUGUGGUGGCCUUCUCUGACAACUUUGUGGGUCAGCUGCAGCAGAAUCAACGAUUUCGCUACGACCAGGUCAUGCAAGCGCUCAACAUGUCAGCCGCCCUCACCGCCCGCAAGACCAAGGAGUUCCGCUCUCCUCCACAGGAGCAGAUCAACAUGCUGCUGAACUUCAGAGAGGAGGAGCAGCAGGAGAACUGUCCGUGUCCGGAGGAAAUCCAGCAACUCCUGCAAGACUUCCACCACCUCCUCAACACGCACUGUGGGAUUGAGUUGGAUAGCGACUCAGAGGAUGAAGAGGAUGCUGAGAUGUGUCUUAAAGAUCGACUUCUCAGUCUAGUGGCGAGAAUCACUGGACUGAGAAAGACACCAAUAGAAGAGGAGGGGAGCAGACCCAAGAGUGCCAAGUCCCUGAAAACGCUGACCUCUGAGACGAUGGUGCGCUGGGCUCAGGAGACGGAGAUGGAGGACCCUGAGCUGGUGAGGGCCGUCUUCUCGCUGCUGCACCGCCAGUAUCAGGGCCUCGGGGGCCAAAUGGCAGAGCACCUGCGUAGAGCCUAUACGAUCAGCCAGGCCUCGGUAGAAGACACCAUGGCUCUGCUGUCCUCUCUGAGCCAAAUCCGCUCCCUCCUCAGCGUCCGCAUGGGGAGAGAAGAGGAGCGGCUGAUGAUCAGGAGAUUAGGAGACAUAAUGAAUAACAAAGUCUUCUAUCAGCACCCUGACCUCAUGAGGGCGUUGGGGAUUCACGAGACCGUGAUGGAGGUGAUGGUUAAUGUUCUCGGAGAAGGGGAAUCAAAGGAGAUUACCUUUCCCAGGAUGGUGGCCAGCUGCUGUCGAUUCCUGUGUUAUUUUUGCCGCAUCAGUCGUCACAAUCAGGGCGCCCUGUUCGACCAUCUCAGCUACCUGCUGGAGAACAGCAGUGUGGGACUAGCCUCACCAUCCAUGCGUGGGGCCACUCCUCUGGAUGUGGCAGCCGCCUCGGUUAUGGAUAAUAAUGAGCUGGCCUUAGCACUGAGGGAACCUGACCUAGAGAAGGUGGUUCAGUACCUCGCUGGCUGUGGUCUCCGGAGCUGUCCGAUGCUAGUGGCUAAAGGCUAUCCUGAUAUCAGCUGGAACCCCGUGGAGGGCGAGCGCUACCUGGACUUUCUGCGUUUUGCAGUCUUCUGCAAUGGUGAGAGUGUAGAGGAGAAUGCUUACCUGGUGUUGAGGCUGCUGAUCCGUCGGCCUGAGUGUUUUGGCCCCGCCCUGCGAGGUGACGGGGGAAACGGCCUCCUAACAGCCAUGGAGGAAGCCAUCAGGAUUUCAGAGGACCCUUCCAUGGAUGGAGCUUGCACCCCCUACCAAGAUGUUGUCCAGGACAAUGAUGAUGACCUCAUUCACAUGGGGCACGCCAUCAUGACCUUCUACUCUGCCCUUAUCGACUUGCUGGGCCGCUGUGCUCCAGAGAUGCAUUUGAUUCAAGGAGGCAAAGGAGAAGCUGUCCGCAUUCGAGCCAUUCUGAGGUCGCUCAUCCCAAUGCAGGAUCUUGAAGGAGUCAUCAGCAUCGCCUUUCAAUUUCCCUCCUUCUCUAAAGACGGUCUGGUGGUUGAGCCUGACUUAUCCACAGUGUUCUGCCCAGACCACAAGGCAGCUAUGGUUCUGUUCCUGGACCGGGUGUACGGCAUUGAGAACCAGAAUUUCCUUCUCCACCUGCUGGAAGUCGGCUUCCUUCCUGACCUUCAGGCAGCCGUCUGCCUCGACACUGCUGACUUGGGAUCCACAGAUAUGGCCUUGGCCCUCAACAGAUACUUGUGUACAACUGUGCUUCCCCUGCUCACCAAAUGCGCAGCUCUCUUCUGUCCGUUAGAGGACCAUGCUUCACUGGUGGAUUCUCUCCUCCAGGCAAUCUACGGCCUCUCCAGGGCUCUCAGCCUGACCAAGGCUCAGAGAGACACUAUAGAGGAGUGUCUGUUGGCCAUGUGCAGCAAACUCCAACCAUCUAUGAUGCAACCUCUCCUUCGACGCCUUGUCUUCGAUGUUCCCCAUCUCACAGACAACAGCAAUAUGCCACUAAAGCUCUUGACGAGUCACUACGAGCAGAGGUGGAAGUACUACUCGCUGGCGGCAGGGCAGGGUGAGCAGGCUCUGGCCUCUGAAGAAGAGCUCCACCUGUCAAGAAAGUUGUUCUGGGGCGUGUUUAAGGCCUUGGCUAAGAAGCCCUACGAGCCUCAGUUAUUCCGGCUGUGUGUGCAGUGCCUGGCUGCAGUGUCCAUGGCUCUGCCUCCUGACCACAUGGACUCAAGCUGUGUGUCCGAUACAGAGAGAAAAGCCUCGAUGGACACGGAAGGACCCUUUGACCCGCAGCCUGUAGAUACCUCCAGCGUGUCAGUGCCAGAGAGGCUGGAGUUUGUAGUGAAUAAGUAUGCGGAGCACACUCACGAGAAGUGGUCACUGGACAAGUUUGCCAACGGCUGGGUUCACGGGGAGCAGCAAUGUGAGAAUGCCAAGGUUCACCCUCGCCUCAAGCCAUACAGGGCUCUGGCUGAGAAGGAAAAGGAGGCGUACCGCUCGGCCAUUAAAGAAACCAUAAAGACCAUGCUGGCCUUUGGAUGGACCGUAGAGAGAACCAAAGAAGGAGACUCAUUCGGCACGCACACCUUUACACGCAGAGUGUCUCAGGCUGGACAGCUGUCUUUUGAAGGAGCGUCAACCUUCAGCCCUAAACCCAUGGACAUGAGCAGCAUCACCUUAUCAUGGGACCAGUGUGCUAUGGCUUUACAGUUGGCUGAAAACUACCACAACGCCUGGGCUAAGAGGAAGAAAUUGGAGCUGGUGAGCAAAGGAGGAGGAAGCCAUCCAAUGAUUGUGCCCUAUGAUACUCUAACAGCCAAGGAGAAGACCAAAUUCAGAGAGAGAGCGCAGGACGUUCUCAAGUUCCUUCAGCUCAACGGCUACACCGUGUGGAGGGAUCGGAAGACGGCAGAGAUGGACUUCCCAGCCAUAGCCAACUGCUACGCCUACACUCUCCUUCAGCGGCUGCUGGCUCACACCGAGGAGGCCCAAGAGCACGUGCUGGAGCUGGAGGUGAUGCAAGCCAGAGGACAGAUGUCUAAAGGAGAGAGAGCUGCACACCAGCAGCCAAUUCAUUUUUUUCCCAAGGUUAUCCUUCCUCUCUUGGAACAAUACGUGAAGAGCCAUCGUCCCUACUUCCUGCCCUCUUCUCACUGCUCAAGUGGGAAUAGAAGCCAUGCAUCAAAAAAGGAAAAGGAGAUGAUUGCAAGCCUCUUUUGUAAGCUGGCAGCUCUAGUGAGACACAGGAUCUCCCUCUUUGGGAACGAUGCGCCUUCAGUCGCAAGCUGCCUCCAUGUUUUGGCUCAGGCUCUGGAUGCCAGAGCAUUGCUGAAGUCCGCCCCAGAGUUUAUCCAAGCAUCCCUGCAUUCAUUCUUUGAGGCAGCUGCGGCGGAUCUGGAGAUGACGGUGGAGAACCUCUCUGUGACCUUGGUCUGUUUACCUCAGAGUCGGAGUCAACAGGCCAGAGGAGUUGCCAAGGUUCUCAGCUUCACAACCUCCAUUCUCCUGCCCACCCUCACCUCCCUCUUUCAGCAUCUUGGCAACCAACACUUUGGAGUCCUCCUCCUGGUGGGUAGUAUCCAGGUGUACUGUUACAGGAUCCUCAACAGCCUCCACUCUCUUGGCACCAGCAGCAGUGUCUACAUGGAGGGGCAGCGGGCAGCAGCAGGGGCUUGUCUGGCAGCUCUGACUGGGACUUUUCCUGUUUGCUUCCUGGAGCCGUCCCUAAACCAAAACAACCCUCACUCCAUCUUCAACACCAUGAGUGCCUCUGAGAGAGAAGAGUUUGGGCUGCCGGAGCAGGUGGAGGACAUGUGUCCCCACCUGCCCUCUCUGGAUCAGGCUCUGGAGGAGGUGGAGGAUUUGGCUGCAGCUGGUGCUGGAGCCCGCCAGGCUCAAUACAUCCAUGUCACAGAGGUCACGCUACCUAUGCUGUGCAGCUACAUGUCUCGUUGGUGGUAUUGGGGCCCCGAGGGCCUGCCAGACCGCCCGAUCUGCACCGCUGUCAUUCCUCAACAUGCUAGUGACCUUCUUGACCACAUCCUACGUGUCAUCCACAACCAUGUAGGCUGUAGCCAGGGCAACUGGAUGAAGCAGCUGGCAGUUUUUUCUCAGCCGAUUAUAUGCAACGCCAACAUUGAGCUGUUAAAGAGCCACUUCCUGCCACUGAUGGAGAAGUUGAGGAAGCGGGCUGAAUGUGUGCUGCUUGAGGAGGAGCAGAUGAAGGCAGAAUGGUGCGAUACCUCCGAAGCAGAAUUACAGAUCCAGGAGAAGUUCACUGUGCUGGUGCGAGACCUCUACGCCUUUUAUCCGCUCCUCAUCCCGUUUGUGGAUUCUAAUCGUGCCAGCUGGCUGAAAGAGCCAAACCCUGACGCUGAGCAGCUGUUCAGCAUGGUGGCAGAGGUCUUUAUAUUCUGGGCCAAAUCGCAUAAUUUCAAAUGGGAGGAACAGAACUUUGUCGUUCAAAAUGAAAUAAACAACUUGGCUUUCCUUGUCAACAACGACAAAAUGUCCAAGUUUGACCACGAGCAGAGGAGAGUGAAGAGGAAGGGGGAUCGCUAUUCCACACACACCUCUCUGAUAGUGGCCUCCAUGAAGAGACUGCUCCCCGUGGGACUCAGGGUUUGUUUUCCGAGCGACCACAGCCUCAUCGUGUUGGCUAAGAGCGGCUUCUCUCAGAAGAACACUGACGAUGAGAUUCGAGAGCAUGUUUUCAACGGCCUUCAGCGCCAGGUGUCGAACAGCUGUAGGCAGGAGUCCCUUUCCGCAGAUCCUCCAGGCCAGCUAGGAGCCAUUACUGACGGCCAAAGGACUGUAGACAGGAUUCUGGAAAUAGCUCGGGUUCUUUAUUACCUUGACCAGGUGGAGCACCCGCAGAGAAAUAAGAAGCCUGCGUGGCACAGAGUGUUAUCCAAACAGAGAAAACGAGCAGUGGUGGCCUGCCUGCGGAUGGCUCCCCUUUACAACUUACCCAGGCACAGAGCCGUAAACCUGUUCCUUCAGGGCUACAAUAAAUCCUGGAUAUCAGCAGAAGACCACAGCUUUGAGGAGAAGCUUGUAGAGGAUUUAGCUAGGGGAGGAGUGAUGGAUCUGUGUGGAGGUGACCGAGAGGAAGGAAAGGAUGUGGGAGAAGGUGCCAAAGCUAUCGAUCCCCUCCUACAACUCAUUACACUCUUCAGUCGAAGCGCCCUGACGGAAACGAGUAACCUUGGAAAUGACGGCCUCUAUAAGUCCUACGCUGCUAUUAUGGCCAAGAGCUGCAGCAGAGAGGAAGAUGAGGAAGAGGAAAAUGAAGUGGAAAGCUUUGAGGAGAAGGAGAUGGAGAAGCAGAAGCUGCUGUACCAGCAGGCCCGGCUGCACCGCCGCGGGGCCUCUGAGAUGCUCCUGCAAACCAUCAGUGCCAGCAAAGGGGCCAUGGGCUCCAUGAUUGCCCCUACCCUGAAGCUGGGUAUUGCCGUUCUCAACGGAGGGAAUGCUGCUGUUCAACAGAAAAUGCUGGAUUAUCUGAGAGACAAGCAGGACGUUGGCUUCUUCCAGAGCAUGGCUGGACUCAUGCAGUCAUGCAGUGUUCUGGAUCUAAAUGCAUUUGAGAGGCAGAACAAAGCAGAAGGAUUAGGCAUGGCUAUGGACGAGAGCUCAGGAGACAAGGUGAUGCCUGACAAAGAUUUAACCUGUGAUCUGUUCCGAUUCCUGCAGCUGCUCUGUGAAGGACACAACUCAGAUUUCCAGAAUUACUUGAGAACUCAAACCGGCAACAACACCACUGUCAACAUCAUAAUAACAACUGUGGACUAUUUACUGAGAGUUCAGGAGUCUAUCAGUGACUUCUACUGGUACUACUCAGGGAAAGAUGUGAUCGAUGUACACGGACAGCAGAAUUUCUCUAAGGCCAUCGAAGUGGCCAAACAGGUCUUCAACACGCUCACCGAGUACAUACAGGGCCCUUGUGCUGGGAACCAACAGAGCCUGGCUCACAGCCGCCUGUGGGACGCCGUCGUAGGUUUCCUCCAUGUCUUUGCUCACAUGCAGAUGAAGCUCUCUCAGGAUUCAAGGCAAAUUGAGCUCCUGAAGGAACUCAUGGAUUUACAAAAGGACAUGGUUGUUUUCUUGCUUUCUAUGUUAGAAGGUACCGUCGUUAAUGGCACUAUUGGAAAGCAGAUGGUGGAUAUGUUGGUGGAAUCAUCCGGUAAUGUGGAGAUGAUCCUAAAGUUUUUCGACAUGUUCCUCAAACUCAAAGACCUCACCUCCUCCGAUACCUUCAGAGAGUACGACCCUGAUUGUAAGGGCUGCAUCUCCAGGAAGGACUUUCAGAAAGCCAUGGAGAAUUGCAAGCGUUUCUCCCAAGCCGAGAUUCCCUUCCUCCUCUCCUGCAUGAAGACUGACGAUAGUGAAAUCGUGGAUUACGAGGCCUUUGUGGAUCGCUUCCAUGAGCCGGCCAAAGACAUCGGCUUUAGCCUCGCUGUUCUUCUCACCAAUCUGUCCGAACACAUGCCCAAUGACUCGAGGCUUAGGACAUUCAUGGAACUGGCAGAGUGUGUCUUGUCCUACUUCCAGCCCUACCUGGGUCGUAUUGAGAUCCUCGGCAGUGGGAAGCGCAUUGAACGCGUCUACUUUGAGAUCAGCCAAGCUAGCCGCACACAAUGGGAGAAGCCUCAAGUCAAAGAGUCCAAGAGGCAGUUCAUUUUUGACGUGGUCAAUGAGUGUGGAGAGAAGGAGAAGAUGGAGAUGUUCGUCAAUUUCUGUGAGGACACCAUCUUUGAGAUGCAGCUGGCAGCCCAGAUAUCCGGCUCUGGAGAGAGGCAUGCAGACAAAGGAGUGGAAGAGCAGAGUGAAGGACUGGACGAUAAAGGAGGGUUUUUCGUGUAUCAGUGGUGGUUUCUGCUGAUAUCUAUACUUUCUGUUAAAAACCUGAAGACAUUGAUGAGGAUGACGAUGAAGGAUAUGCUCAUGUCGGCUGUGUUCCUCCUCAGAUUCAUAGUCAUGGCUCAGGCCCGGUGUAUGUGUGUUGUAGUUCAGGGCAUCUUAUAUGUGCUGUACAUAGCUUUUGUCAGUGGUGGGCUCAUAGAGGGAGCCAAAAGGAUGAGGAUAUCCGAUUUGCUCGGCGGUAUCAUUGAGCCAACUCUUGAUGAGGUCAUGGAGCUGCCAAGUGGUGUGGAUCGGCCGAGGAAGUACUCUGCCAGCUUCUCUUCCCAGAGAGAAUUGAGGGAGAUGGGGCGUGUGGCAGCUGUGACCUCCCCCAUGGAGGUGGAUGUACUCUCAGACAUAUUUGGCCUCAAAAUGAAGAAGUCGGGAGGUCAAUACAGACUUAUAACACAAGACCUCUCUGCCAGUGGGACUGACCCGUCCAAAACGACAUCCAAAACAAUUACCACUGCUGAGAAGCUUCAGGGGACGGCUCAGACCGCCACAGAGGAAGAAACAGAAGAUCAGACAUCGCCUGGAUUAGCGAACGCAGGAGGGGAGGAAACUGAGAAGAAAUCCGUGAGACACAAAACAGACUGGAAAGCAAAGCGAUGCUCCGAUAAGUCUGAGGAACCGGAGAGCCAACACUCUGCCCUCUGGGAGACGAUAAGCACUCAUAACAAGAGCCUGCUGAAUUACUUUGCAAGGAAUUUUUAUAACAUGCGCUUACUGGCUCUGUUUGUCACCUUUGCAAUCAACUUCAUCCUGCUGUUCUACAAGGUAGCCUCCCUGCCUGCAUCACAAGGAGAGGAAGGAGUGGUCACAUCUGAGCACAGUGAGGGAUUGCACUCUGCUGCUGCUGCUGCUGAUGAUGACAAUGAGGGCACAGAUUAUUUUGUGCUGGAAGAGAGCAGUGGGUACAUGGAGCCAGCCCUCCGUUUCCUGGCUGUCGCUCACACAAUCAUCUCCUUCUGUUGUAUCAUCGGGUAUUACUGCCUCAAGGUGCCAUUGGUGAUCUUCAAACGUGAGAAGGAAGUGGCGCGGAAGCUGGAGUUUGACGGGCUGUAUGUGACGGCGCAGCCUCCUGAGGAGGACAUCAAAGGGCAAUGGGACCGACUGGUCAUAAACUCACCGUCAUUUCCAAGUAAUUACUGGGAUAAAUUUGUUAAGAGGAAGGUGAUGGAUAAGUAUGGGGACUUCUAUGGCUGUGAGAAGAUAAGUGAACUCCUAGGUCUGGACCAAGAUGCGUUAGACUUCAGUUCUGAGAGGAAACAAAGCAGGAGGCUCAAGAGAGACGCUUCCUGGAGUGCUCUACUCAACUCCAUGGAUGUGAAGUACCAUGUCUGGAAACUGGGCGUUGUGUUCACUGAUAAUUCCUUCUUGUACUUGGCCUGGUACAUGGCCAUGUCCGUUCUGGGUCAUUAUAACAACUUCUUCUUUGCUGCCCAUCUUCUGGACAUCGCCAUGGGCUUUAAGACACUCCGCACCAUCCUAACUUCUGUCACACACAAUGGGAAACAGCUGGUCCUCACUGUGGGCCUGCUGGCUGUUGUUGUGUAUCUCUACACCGUGGUGGCCUUCAACUUCUUCAGGAAGUUUUACGACAAGAGCGACGACAAGGACACCCAAGAUAUGAAGUGCAAUGACAUGCUGACUUGCUACCUGUUCCACAUGUAUGUUGGAGUGCGUGCGGGCGGGGGCAUCGGUGAUGAGAUCGAGGAUCCGGCUGGAGAUGACUUCGAGGUGGAGCGCAUCGUCUUUGACAUCACCUUCUUCUUCUUCGUCAUCGUCAUCCUCUUGGCCAUCAUCCAGGGCUUGAUAAUUGACGCCUUUGGGGAGCUUCGUGACCAGCAGGAGCAGGUGAAGGAGGAUAUGGAGACCAAGUGUUUUAUAUGUGGAAUAGGAAAUGAGUACUUUGAUAUGCUCCCUCAUGGCUUUGAGACCCACACUCUGCAGGAGCACAACUUGGCAAACUAUCUAUUCUUUCUGAUGUACCUUAUUAACAAGGAUGAAACUGAACACACUGGGCAGGAAUCCUUUGUGUGGAAAAUGUACCAGGAGCGUUGCUGGGAAUUCUUCCCUGUGGGAGACUGUUUCCGUAAGCAAUAUGAGGAUCAACUGGGAUGAAAGGAUAUCUGAGAGAUCUGACGCCUUCCUAGAUAAUGGCAUCGCUCUGAAGCCGUCUUGAUUGAUGUCCCUUGGACUCAUUUAAAUAACCUGAAUUUUGUUUGUGCACGAUUGAUUUUGAUCCGAUUUUCCCACAAAGUAUACGUAUUUUAAAGUGAUGCACAUAAAUGAUGUUGAUUACAUUAUUUUGAAUCUAAAGAAUGAAGACUAUUUGUUUAUAUUCAGAUGUAAAAUGAAUAUGUUGAUGUAUUUUCUCAAGUCUACAGCAAAGUUAUUCUGUUUUCUACAUGACUAUCAGGUAGUAAAAGCUGGCAAUUCAA